UUAACCGAGGAAGAGAAGAUCCGACCCGUUAAGGCAGCAUUAUGAGAUGGUCAUCAAGAAAAUGAGAUAAACACAGCAUCGAAGAGGAAGAGGAAGAGGAAGAGGGAGAGUGAGAUGGGGGGCAAACGCGGGAAGCAGCAGCGGCAGCCAGCGAGGCCAAGGCUUCGAGAUCUCUCUUCGUUCGUAGACGAAUCCGAUCACUUGCCUUCCUCCGCCUACGAUCCUCCAUCGCAUCAGGACAAAGAGAGUGGAGCAAGUGAGGAGGAAGAUGACCGAAGAGCUGAGGAGAAGUGGAUUGACGGCUCGCCGUCCAAGUUCGAGCUUUAUCAACGAUCUGUUCAGUCGCCCAAGGGGGACAUUAGCUAUAUGCAGAAGUUCUUCUUGAUGUACGUUGGAGGGAGGAUGCCCCUGCACUUGCAGGAGGACUUCUGCGGCACCGCCCUCCUAAGUUGUGAGUGGAUUAGAAGUGACCCAAGACGAACUGCUGUGGGGUUAGACUUGGACCUUGAGGCACUCAACUGGUGUUUGGAGAAGAAUUUGGCCAAUAUCGGAAUUGAUGGGUGUUCUAGGAUCUCCCUUUUUCAUGGAAAUGUUUUGAAGCCUCAGGAGGCCCAUCUUGUCAAACAAAUGGUUGAAGAUUUUGGGAGAAAUGUAAAUCUAGGUGUCCAAGAUAUUACUACUGAAGUUGCCAGGAUGAAUGUAGGGUCUGAAUCUGGCAAAGAAGUUUGUUCCAUAAGUUCUACCAUGAAAGAGGUGGGCCUGCCAGGAAGAGACAUCAUUUGCGCUUUCAACUACAGCUGCUGUUGCCUACAAAGGCGUACAGACUUGGUAAUGUACUUCAAGCAUGCUCUUCAUGCCUUGUCAAAGAAGGGUGGCAUAUUUGUUAUGGAUGUAUAUGGAGGUACAUCAGCUGAAUGCAAGCUGCGCCUUAAAAGGAAAUUCCCCAACUUCACAUAUGUUUGGGAACAAGCAGAUUUUGACAUCAUAAACCGCACCACGAGAAUCAGCCUUCACUUCCAACUUGGAAAGAAGCACAUAAUACAGCAUGCGUUUUCAUAUAACUGGCGCUUGUGGUCACUACCAGAAAUUCAGGACUGUCUGAAAGAGGCAGGCUUUUGUUCUGUGCAUUUUUGGGUUCGGACGAUGCCAAACACUAAUUCUAUUGGAAACACGGCAGAAGAUACUGUUGACCAGGAUUUGAAAUACGAAGAGUUGUCAUCCUUCCAGCAGCAAGAUGCUUGGAAUGCGUAUAUUGUAGGUGUAGCAAACUAACUCUAGAGACAACUUAAAUGUAUUUACUUCAGUACCAUAAGCUAUUUGUGGCUAAUUCUUGUUGCAUCAUUUUAGGCAUGAAACCACUUCAAUGAUUACAACUUGGACUAAAAUCCAUCGCAAGUUUCAUUGAUCCUUUACUAUUCAAACAAUUCCUUAUUGAAGAGAUGCAUCAAUUUCUAAAUCGAGUCUCAGACAGUCUCAUGUACAGGUAUAAAUGCAACCGAGCAAGAAAAUAAUGUAUUGUUAUAGUGAGACCUCGAUUAUGAUUUGAGCUAGAAAGGAGAAUUAUACAAUCUGUAACAAUACAAAAAAAAAAAAA